AUGAUCUCCCUCUGCUCUAGUUACACUGUAUUCGGACAAAAUCCCAAUCCCACAAAACGACAACCAAAGGACUUGAUGUUGAAGGUUUUGAACAACCUUGACGCACGCAGCGUGGCACUAUGUCUCGUCGUCUCUCGUACCUGGAACCUUGUUGCCUCUAGUGAUCUUCUCUGGACCUCCAAGUGUGAGGAAUUGUGGAAUGGGAAGGCACACAUACCGCGCUUGUCUCUUGUCCGGGGAAUUUCUAAGCUGGAUGCUUAUUCACUAUCUGUCAUGGAUGGAAAACGUAAUCGUAUCGUGAAGGAUGAUCUGUGUGAUCAUGUUUGGGAGUUUCAUUUUACCAAGGCGGCUCCAGAAUACUGGCGCAAUCUUGAUCCCUACUGGAGAGGCAAUGGCCCUCCGAUGCACCGCUACUUUCAUCCAGAUGGGAGCCAAACUGCAGAUCCUGGUGACAAGGUCUGGGGUGGUCAUGAAUGCUGUUAUUCCAUUGUGACUAGUAUUAUUGGUGAAGGAAAGAUCAGGGAACACUACGUACGGAUAAACCGGUGGCUUCCUCUCACCGUGUUCAGAAAACAGGACUGGAGCUGGGAAAUGUCGAACAACCUCUACUGUUACUCCAGCGUUCCAGAUGCCUACAAGGAAGGAGGAACAGGUCCCCUCUUUUUGGUUAUGUAA